UUUGAUACUCUCUCGUGUCAACCAGAGCCUGACUAAUUAUUGACGUGUGUUUUGAAGUAUCCGAUGACAAUUUUAAAGUAUUUUAUAAACACCGCAUCGGGUGCGUAGAAGUCCCAUGAUCAUUCACUCAGCAUUCGAUCCAUUGUGUCCGUACGAAAUGGACGUUUACAACACAAUAACAAUUCUCGCACCUGUGUUAAUCUUUUACCCUCUGCUUAUUCUUUUCGCCUUUCCUCUCACCUUACUUGGAAUGAUGUACGCUACCGUCGUAUUUCUUCAUGUUUACCGGCACAGACGAAGGGAAAUCUACGAUGCUUACUCGGAGAACUUCUGGGACGGAGCGAAACAGACAGUGGCUGCAGUGUUCGAUGCACAGGCGACGUACUGGAACGGUUAUGAGAUCAUCGGUUUAGAGAAAGUUCCAGAUCAUGGCCCAGCGUUGCUGGUGUAUUAUCACGGGGCUUUGCCGAUAGACAUAUUUUACAUUAUUGCGAAGAUGUUGUUGUACAAAAAACGAUCGCUAAAGAACAUUGUAGCCACCUUUCUUUUUAGAUUACCAGGAUUCAAAAUAAUGUUAGAUGUCUUCGGGGCUUGCUCUCCGACCAGAGAAGAAUGUGUAAAAAUGCUAAAGGAUGGUGAAUUACUAGCCGUAUCACCAGGAGGUGUGAGAGAAGCGCUGUUUUCAGAUGAGAAUUAUAAAUUAGUUUGGAAUGGUAGACUUGGUUUUGCCAAAGUUGCACAGGAAGCACAAGUGACCAUAAUUCCAGUUUUCACGCAGAACGUGCGCGAAAUCUUUAGGACAAUCAAAAUGGGACGAAGAAUAUUGCAAAAGCUUUAUGAUUAUACACGAUGCCCGUUAGCUGCGCCUAUCUAUGGAGGAUUCCCUGUGAAAAUGAGGACUUUCAUUGGUGAUCCAAUCCCAUACGAUUCGACGUUGACUCCAGAGGAGCUUUCAGAGAAGGUUCAACUAGCGAUAGAAGAUCUUAUUUUGGUACAUCAGAGAGUGCCUGGUUCCAUUCUGGUUGGAUUGGCAGACAGGUUUACCAGACGAAAACAUCUUUGAUUAUUUGGGGGUAAAUAAAGGACAAUUGCAAAGGUUUUAAGCGCCGGCAUAAGGUUUUAUAUUGUUGGGGAAUGUUUGUUAACCAAGGGUGAAUGUAACUGCCCUUUCGAACAGGAAAUAAUCGUUCAAGUUACCGGUUGAAACUUGUUGGAGAAACGUUUAUUUUGUACUGUAUGGAUGCAAGAUGGCGGAACUUUUUACUUCGAAGAUUUGAAGCGUCUCGUUGUUAUUUGCAAUUGAAUUUGGAGAGUUUUGCAGAUAAACUGAAUCGAAAUAUAGUUUGAAAAAUUUAAUUGUUUUUCCGAAUUGAAUUUUGAAACUGUGCAUUUGAAUAUGGCGAAGAAUGCAACGAGUCACCAAUUGUUUUCUGAUGUUUAUUGGAAAGCCGCCAGUUUUAUCGACACCUUUCCGUGACUUUAUUAUGUAGAUCAAACUGAAGUUCUCGCUUGUCAUCAUUUUCCGUUUGGCAUUAGUAUAAUCACUCGUUUUUAAAUUUUAAACAACUUC